CUAGUUUUUUUUCUUCUUCUGCAGCUAUUUUUUUUAUAUUUCAUGAAGAGAAGGAAAAAUUGAUUCCAAGAACCGGCACAGAUUCUUUGAUGAGUGGUGGAGAAUAAAGAAAUAGGGAAAAGUGCAUUACGCAAAAUAAUUAUUAAAUCAUUGAUCCUCUAAUAACGAACCGGAAUGGAUUAUACAAUACCGGUCUAACUUGUGUUGAAUUUUGUUCGGUUUAGAUAAACCAAGCGCGAGUUAGGCUAAUUCUUUCUCUCUCUACCCGCGGAGAAGGAGAAAGUGAGAUUAACGAGAAACCCCAAGAGAGAAAAUCUUCAUCGACAAAAUUCGAUUCAGCUGAUUCGAGUUUGGUUUGCCUAUCAUUGUUGCAAUUUUCUCGGUUCAAUCAAAGGAUUUUCUAGGUUGAUAUAUAAUUCCAGGGAUUUCCAGAUAAUUUCCUUUAAUUUGGUUGGAAUUCGAUUGAAUUUUCGUUGCUUUCAAUUGGUUUGCAGUGAUUUGGGUGAAAAGAUUUUUCCAAGCUCAUGGAAAUUGGGGAUUUUUAUUCAAAGGGUGUUUCUGGUGAUCAUAGAGUUGUUUGACUCAAGUUUCAUUUGAUCUUGUGUGUAUUUGGUUGGUUUUUCUUUUCAAUCAGGUCAUGAAAGUAUUGCAUAAUAGCUAGAAGUAUUGUUAUCUCUGUAUAUGUGUUGUGAGAUAGUACAAUUGGUAAAGUUUCCAUAUCAAUGGCACGAAAAUCAACUGCAAUUUACUCGUUUCGAUAUAUGUUUUUAUGUAGUUCAUAUAUGUAAUUCAGACAUAAGGGUUUUAUGUAGUCCAUCUCAUCAGUAGGUGGACUUUCACUCAUAUUUGUAUUUCGUUUUGUUGAUAAUGUUAAAUGGGUGUAACAGCUGCUGCAGCUAUUCACUUCGUCCAUAGCACGUAGAUGGCAGAAAAGGCCUGUAUAAAACGUCUUCAAAAGGAAUAUAGAGCACUUUGCAAGGAACCAGUCUCCCAUGUUGUUGCUCGUCCUUCCCCAAAUGACAUUCUCGAGUGGCAUUAUGUGCUGGAAGGCAGUGAGGGAACACCUUUUGCAGGUGGAUUUUACUAUGGAAAGAUCAAGUUUCCUCCCGAGUAUCCUUACAAGCCACCAGGGAUUACAAUGACUACACCAAAUGGUCGAUUCAUGACACAGAAGAAAAUUUGUUUAUCUAUGAGUGAUUUUCAUCCAGAAAGCUGGAAUCCGAUGUGGUCUGUAUCAAGCAUACUUACAGGACUUCUCUCAUUUAUGAUGGAUACCAGUCCGACAACUGGAAGUGUUAACACUACUGUAAUUGAGAAACAACGGUUGGCUAAGUCAUCUCUCGCUUUCAAUUGUAAAACCCCAGCAUUUCGAAAGCUAUUUCCAGAGUAUGUAGAGAAGUACAACCAGCAGCAACUAGCUGAGCAAGCUACCACACAACUGACAACACCAGAGUCUCCUCAAAAGAGCGAUACCAAAGUCGAGUCAGAGAAAACCAUCGAUCCAACAAAGGGAGAUUCAGAAGGUGGCUUGAAGGAGAGGAAAAAGAACAAUAAACAGGGAUUGCCAGCGUGGAUAAUACUGUUGCUAGUGUCGGUUUUCGGUGUGGUAAUGGCGUUGCCUCUGCUUCAACUGUGAUUUCUAUGCAACAAACCUCGACCUGGUUUUCGUAUAAUCUCUCCUUGUGUCUCUCUCUCUUCAGCAUCAAGAGUAGUCUCCUUUUGUCUAGUGCUCUUCGUCUGAAUUUACUCAUUUAGCACCUCAUGGUUUGUGCUUGUAAAAGCAGAUAACAUAAGUUUGGUUUCACAAUUACAUACAUAUUGUAGCUUCGUUGGAACUACUUUGUAUAGUAUAUAUGAAUUGAGGAUAAUGGUUUGGAUUUGAAAAAUAGAACCGUAUGGUUUUCAAAUUGUACUUCUCC